CGGUGUUGUAAUUGUUUAGCUUUGCAAUCGCAUAAGAAAAAUGGCGGACUUGGCGAGAAGGAGGGAUAGUAGCAUAUGUAGGGAUAUUACCUUACGUAGUGAGAGGGAUAGUUGUGCGAAUGUGUCAUGGAAAACAUCGUUUCAUGGAAGGGUAUGCAUAUUAUUUUGCGUGCUGUUGGUCAAGCCCGGAGACGCUACUACUCAUUGGGUGGUCACAGAGGAUGGAAAAAUUCAACAGCAGGUGGAUUCACCACUCAAUUUGAAGCAUCCCCAUGAUCUUGUUAUUUUCAUGAGGCAAGAAACUCGUGUGAAUUACCUCAAAAAACUGGAGAAGCAGUUGGUUGCUCAGAAAAUUCAUAUAGAGGAAAAUGAAGAUCGGGACACUGGACUGGAACAACGGCAUUACAAGGAGGAUGCAGACUGUGUAACCGCCAAAGUCCCCCUGGGGGACCUAGACCUAUAUGAUGGAACUUACAUCUCCCUUGAGAGCAAAGACAUAAGCCUUGAGGACUAUGUAGAUCAUAGAUCACCUCUGCCACCUGACCUGGAGAAGCCUGACUGUGCGAAGAUCCUUGACCUCCCGUAUAGUAUUCAUGCUUUCCAGCACCUCCGGGGAGUGCAAGAGAAAGCCAACCUGACCUCUCCUUUACUGUCAAAAGAGGACCCCAUUUUUGGAUCUCUGUCCUAUCAUUUGGGGCGUAGCAUGGACGAAGUGGGACACAGAAUAUAUCAGGGCCUUUUACGUAACUCUUCGUCUUGGGUACUGUAUAACAUGGCAUCCUUCUAUUGGCGCAUGAAGAAUGAACCAAGGCAGGCUAUUGAUUGUGUGGUCCGUUCCCUGCAUUUCUCACCAAGGGCCUACAAGGAUAUCGCUCUGGUGAACAUGGCCAAUAUCCUGCACAGAGCCCAUUUCUCUGCAGAUGCUGCUAUCCUUGCCCAUGCUGCUCUGGACCUCACCUCUGAUUUCCUCACCAGUCACUACACCUUGGGCAACAUUUAUGCUAUGCUGGGGGAGUACAACCACUCGGUGCUGUGCUACGAACAGGCCCUACAGGUGCUGCCGGGCUUCGAGCAGGCCCUGAGACGCAAGCAUGCCGUUCUCUGCCAGCAGAAACUGGAGCAAAGACUGGAGGCCCAGCACAGGUCCCUCCAGCGCACACUGAAUGAGCUGAAGGAGUAUCAGAAGCAGCAUGACCACUAUCUCCGUCAGCAGGAGGUGCUGGACAAGCACAAGCUCAUCCAAGAGGAGCAGAUCCUCCGCAACAUCAUCCAUGAGACGCAGAUGGCAAAGGAGGCGCAGCUUGGGAACCACCAAAUGUGUCACCUGGGUCCGCAGCAGCGAAGCCUCUUCUGCCCAUUUGAUCUGCCAGUGCGCUACCAUCGUGGAGACCUGUUUGAGAAUGUACACUACAUCCAGUUUGGCGAGGAGGUGUCUGUGGCGAGCAGCGUGGCCCUGGUGUCAGAGAUGAGCGCCAACGAGAGCCGCAGCCCACAGCCCUACUUCUCCGUGUCCAGCGGAGAGAACCCAGCGUCCCUUUGGGGCCAGGAGGCCGCCUCUGCCACGGCUGGUCUGUCUGUGCUGUGGCCGCGGAGGUCAGACUGCACUCAACAGUACCCCUUGCUGCCCCCAUCUCAUCAGCUGCCCACCUUCUACCUCCCGCCAGAGACCAGGGGCUACGGGCUCCAGAGCGCUCUGUAUGAGACCAGGAGCCCCCCUCUGUCUGCGGAGCUGCCCGACUGUGGCCCCGGCCCCCAGGCCUCCCCACAGGACGCUCUGGCCUCGGCCCUGGAGGGGAAGGACCUACCUGACCAUCAUGCCACACAGAUCUUACUGUCACGCAGUGGUGGGUGGAGCUUGGACCAAACAGGAACACUGAUAGCUCAAGCAAUGGAGAAGAAAAGCGCCCCCCCCUGGCUGGUGCAGAACGAGGCAGGGCUUUUCUGGCGUGCCAAAGGCAACGGGACGCGGGCGCUGCAGUGCAUCCGCAAGGCCCUGAGCACCGCUCCGCCACAGCACCGCGACCUGCCGUUGGUCAAUGCCGCCAGCCUGCUGAUGCACACUGGCCAACCACACCAGGCCCAGCAGCUGCUGCAGGAGGCCCUGCAGCUCAACUCCUCCGAGCCCCACUCAGUGUUGAGCCUGGUCAGUGUGCUCCUGUCCCAGGGCAACGUGACCGGGGCUUUGUCCCUGUUCCGCCGUGCCCUCAGCCUGAAGUCCAGCUGUGCCCAGUGCCACGCCAGCCUGCCCCUGCUGCGCUGCCUGCAAUUCUACCCCUUCCUCUACAACCUCCAGCGCCCACCCUGCACACAGGACUCCGGCUGUGAUGGUGAGGAGGAGCUGGACCAGCCAAUGGAGGACUGGGAAGCCGGCAGCAAUGACCGGCAGGACGGGGCAGAAGGGCGCCCACUGCCCAUGGCUGCUGUGGAGGACUCCCUGCUCUUUGAGAAGGUGGUGCUAGAUAGUAACGGCUCUGGCGAGGCCGGGCAGCAGGAGAAAAAGGGCGGAGGGGAGGGCGUCCCCAGGGAGGGCAAGAGGCCCGGCGAGGAGGAGGACUGGCACCUGAAGGAGGAGCUCAUGGGGGCGUUUGAGGGAGCGCUGGACGUCGGCGGGAAGAGGGGCGACCUGCGGGGCAUCCGUGUGCUGAAGAAUGACCGGGUGAUGGGCGGCCGCACCGGAGGCCCCUGCUUCGGUAACUGUGAGGACGAUGAGGGGGCAGAGUGGAUCACAUUCCAGGUGAAGCGCGUGAGGAAGCCCAAGGCGGAGGCUGCAGACGGCUGGAUACAGGAUGAGGGCUUCCACCAGGGGGAGCCGUCAGCUGCUCACUCCAUCCUGGAGAUUAGUGGACCCACCAUUCCAUCUCCCGGACCCGCUGGCCGCUGGCGUGAUUACACCAGUCUGGGCUGGCCCGGUCCGGAGGAGUGCCAACGCACGCGUCGAGUGGACCUGACCACCGUGGCCAGCACCUGGCUCGCCGUGUCCGCCAAGAACAUCGACAUCACAGAGCACAUCGACUUUGCCACCCCACUUCAAGAACCGGCUGUGGAGCCCGUGUGUAACGCCAACCUGCCCGCCAGCAUGCACACGCUGGACCACCUGGGAGGGGUGGCGAAUCGUGGAGGCAUCCAUUACACCGGGGAGAGUCAGCUUCGUGAGGUGCUGCAGAAUCUUGGCAAAGACAAAUAUCCACCUCAGUCUUUUGAGCAAGUGGGCACCCGCAUAGCCAAAGUCCUUGAGAAGAAUCAGACAUCAUGGGUCCUGUCCAGCAUGGCGGCACUUUACUGGAGGGUUAAAGGUCAGGGAAAGAGGGCCAUUGACUGUCUGCGUCAAGCACUGAACUACGCCCCACACCACAUGAAGGAUGUACCCCUCAUCAGCCUGGCUAACAUCUUCCAGAAUGCUCGGCUUUGGGAAGAUGCCCUGACCGUGGCCCGCAUGGCCGUUGAGAUCGCGCCGCAUUUUGUGGUCAACCAUUUCACCCUUGCUAACGUCUACAUUGCAAUGGAGGAGUUUGAAAAAGCAAUGCACUGGUACGAGUCUACCCUGAAGCUUCAGCCGGAGUUCGCCCCCGCUAAAGAUCGACUCCGCACUAUUCAGUGCUACCUGCUCACCAAGAGGGAGCGGCGUGGCCCGUAAGACUGGACCGCAGGGGACGGAGAGAGGGGCCAAGUGGCCAAACCUAUACUUUCUCUUUCAUGUCUCAUCCAUGGAGAGUCUCAUCCAAACAGUUAGACACAAAUACGCACAAACACUUAAACACACAUACACUACAGAUCCAAAUAAGAAUACAUACGCAGACCUGUUUUUAGAUACCCUUGAGAAAUGAAAUGUUUGAUUUGUUUUAUUCAGAAUUUGUGCUUAAACUCCAUAAUAUCAUAUUGUUUCAAAUGGCUUUUGGGGAAAUUCUUAAGGGCAAAGAGUGUUUGCUCCUCCUCUCUUCUCCUAAUCAACUUAAAUAACUGUUCCAUGUCUUCAGGUUUUCUGAUGUAAGCUCAUCAUUUGCACUGGGUGGUGGAUUGCCCUGUGGACACUUACUGACUUAAGCAGUGUUCAGGCACAACGUGCAGUAAUGUUAUGGCACUCAUAGAGGAGUUCAAAGAUGCAUGGGCUGAAUGUGCAGCCUCCUAUGUCCAGAACAUACUGGCCAUAAAGCUCCAGCCUUGACCUUCAUUAGACAACAUUGUUCUGUCUCAGAAUGCAACCUUUUCCAGGUGCUCAGACUGCUCCUGGUGUGAUCUUGGUCUUUAGGGGUAGGGUGUAGUUACUAGAACCCUUUCAUGUGUGCCAAAUGGGGUGGCGUUCUGGACAGUUGGGCCUCCGAUUCCUCAUUUCCCUCAUUUCCUCCUCUCCAACCAGGCCCUUUGUUCCCAUCCGUGUGAAGACAGGUGCGAGGGAUGUGAAUGUGUAUUCAGGAGUUAGCAGUAUUUUCAAGUCGGCUCCCACCACUCUCUCCCAGGCUGGAGGGCUGGGCUUCUUGCACAAACAUAAAUGCCAUAGUGAGACUUAGUUGGAUUUCCACAGAGGUGCUCGCACCACCCCAUCCCUUGACAUCCCCCAAUCGGUUUAGCAUGGAAAGUUGAAAAAGUGUCUCAGGCAUGACCACAGACCAGCAAGUUAAUUUUAUUAAUUUUAAGAGAUGUAUGUCUGUAUGCCAGUUUCGGCAGUCGCGGUCAUGGUGUAAAAGGGAUGUUUACAAUUUAAGCCCAAAUUAAUAGGGAAGUAAUAAAAUAAUCUGGUUUGAUCAUUUCUGUUAAGAUCAGCACACAAUAUGCAAAUUGUUUUGGAAACUGAAAUGGUUCAUCCUUUGGAGUUGACUCAGAUUUCAGUCUAACUGAUUGCGCUACAUGGAUUCAUGAGCGUGAAAACCACAAUUCUACUGCUGCUGUUGGAACUUGAAAAGGGGUAUUGGUCAUCAUGUUUGCACCCAUUUCAUGAUCAUUCCAUGGGUAUGUGGGACCUAAAAGAGUGAACAUGUGAUGUUGGAAGUGAUGUUCAUGCAUAACGUUAAAGAAAUAAUGUGCUUUUCUGUUUGCUCUUAUUUAAGAAACUGAAAAAAAAAACUAUUGGUUGCUUUAGAUCAUACAAAAAUGACUUAAUUUAAAAUCUGAUUUACAGUGUUGUAUGUAUUUAGACAGUGAAUACCUUUUUUCCAUUGGCUCAAAAAUUCAGUGUAUCCAUUGUCUUUGUACGAACAUCAAAAGCUUGUUGGAAAAUAAAUACCAGGGUUUUUCCAACCCUGUGAGUGGA